AUGUCAGUGAAGCUUUUAAAAGAAUUCCCUAUAAGCUUCUUCUCCACUGAUCUCUCCACUUGGCUGCUUGGUAACCUUGCAAUCACAACUAUCUCCCCAGGCUUAGAGAUUCCUUCGUCUCCUCUCUUUGCUUCAGUCCUUCGGCAGGUUUGGAAGAAUCGUAAUGACGAAACCUUCAAUGGAAUUGUGCAGUCUCCUUCCUCUGUCUUCCAACGUGCUUACAGCUGGGCAUGCUGCUUUGAAUCAAGAUCAGAGAAAGUGCAUGGGGUGUCUUCUGCCAGCUCACAUAGCAAUGGUACUUGGAUUAAACCGCCUAAAGGUUGGGCGGAAUUAUGGGAUUUAUAUGAAGGGCUUAGACUCGCGUGGAAUCAUGGUGUUGCCAACCUUGAAGUUCAAUCUGAUAACUCUCAAGCCGUGAAGCUCAUCAACUCAUCUGAUGCUGCAGUCGGCUCCCUCUCACUGAUCCGAGCUAUCGCCUCCCUGCGUAAUCGCCAAUGGGAGACCCGUGUUCGCUGGAUUCCACGAUCUAAAAAUUGUGUUGCUGAUAGUCUCUCCAAAAUGGCUCCUUUCGGUCUGUCUGAUGCCACCUACUUCGAGACACCUACAAGCGGCGUUGCUCAUCUGGUGGAACGCGAAGCUCAUUGA